AAUUCCAUUAAAAGAUAAUAAUAAUCUGUACUCCAGUUUACCUCCCCAUUUAAGAAAUGGAAAGUGUUCACAAACAGAAUUUUGUCUGCUGGCAGCCAAAAGGCAGGAAGGAGUACUCGUUAGAAGUGUGCUGCUGAAGCUGCAGAAACGCUGAACGCAAGUCUUGUUAUUACCAAAGGCAGGUAAAUUCAGGAAUACUAGAGGAGAAGCUUGGCUUCCCGUCUUGCCGAAGCACUAGGAAUAGCGAAAGGGCAGGGGAAUAGUGACAGGAAUAAAGUGUCCUUCGUGUAUGGGAUUCCCUUCUUGUGUAUAUUUUCUUGGGAUGCUUUCUUUCUUUGGCUGGGCUUCACUGCACGCUGUGGAAAAAUGUGUAUUAAUCAACUGAUUAAUAGUAGCUAGGUAACCCUCUGAGAUGGUAAUAGAUGCACUGGCAUGACCUUUUCCUGCCUUUGUGUUCAGUCAGACUUGCAGGAGAAAUAAGGGACUAUAUACUGAGCACUUGUACCAUACCCCUUCCAUAAAUACACCACGUUUCCAGUAACUGAACAGGCUACCAAUAUAGGAAAGGUGCUGGGUUUUCCCUCCUUCAAGAGAAGCUGCGUUUCCCACCGACUUCUUUAUUAAAAGGGGACCUGCUGAAAGCUCUUCAGUCCCAUAGGAACUGAUGCAAAUUGUUGGGUGGAAGGAGGCUCUUUGCAUGGCUGCAAUCAUUUCUGAGAAUUAUGUAUAAAUGUUAAACAAAUUGCUUUGUCUGGGAUUAAAGUUUAAGACGAGAAUAAAGCAAAACAGAGCAUUGUUGAAUGUGAAGUAGCGCUGUGGUACAUGGGCAGGAUGUUCUCUGAGAAUGCAGAUCUUUUUAGCAAACUGCAGAGGCAAAAGCUUGUUCCCCAGCCUAUCUGUCUGCAGUCCUGCGCUCUACACUCUCUUUUUUCGCACGUCUGUGGUUGACCCGAUGAGGGAAGCCUCCUCUUGCAAGGGGGGCAGCACGAUAUUGGAUCUCAGAUGUACCGACCACGUUCAGAAGCAAGCGAAGAGACCGUACAACUUUUAAGAUGCAUAAAUACGACCACUGCUGUUACGCUUUGCCGCUGCAGUUCGCUGGGUAGCAGGCUGAAGGCUUGAAAAAAAUAAAUCAUGCAAGUGGGGCUGAAAAAGUUAAGAUAAUGUUAGUACCCCUUCUGUAGGAAGCCAGGCCACAUCCUCCUCUGCUUCCAACCCUCAAGCAAAUACAUCUUCUUUAAUUCCAGGAAAUCGGGUUGAUGGGGGAGGUAUCUCAAUUAUCAGGAACAGCAAAGACCCAGCUCCUCUGCUGCUCUGCGGUGAAGUCAGUCGCGCCGGCCCAAGGCACGACCCCGUAUUUCACAGCUGAGCAAAGAGUUUAUAGGGGCUUCCCCCCUCCCCACGCGAGGUUGCCUCAGCUGCCCACACCGCGCUUGAAGACCAGGAUCAGGUUGCGCUGGGACGACCUGCUCCGGCAGCGCCUUUGUUAUCCAAGGCCCUAGCAGCUGCCCGCGGCGGCCGCCCGGGAGACCUCGGGCGUGCCGGGCUGCGCUCCCAGCGCCACGUCGAAUUUUAUUUCUGCCCCACUAAGCCGGCGCCUGCUUCUCCCUGGUGUUUGUGGUCACUGGUAGCUCGCUCUUCAGAACAUUAUGUGUCGCAACAGCGGGGCUGGAGCUUCCCACUAUUACUUACCAGUCUGUGGAGCCAGCCAUCUGGCAGCAAAACAGGAAGGCUUGGGUUCCCUUUCCCUCCUGGGCUUGUUUCGCUAUUUUAGGGAGCUCUACUUCUCCCCGCGUAGCAGAAAGCCGGUGUGGGCUGAAGGAAGGACCGGCGGACGAGCGAGGGGCCGAAGCCCUGAGGCUGCUGUUCUGCCCAUCUGCUCCUGCUGGAGGUGUUUUCAUUAUUAAUGGCGGCAGUGGCGGUUGCUGCUCAGAUAUGCAGCCCUGCCUGGGUAACUUGAGGAAAAUGGAAACAGAUGAGGCUCAAGAUAUGUCCCAGGUUUCAGGAAAGGAAAGUCCUCCGGUUAGUGAUGUCCCAGAUGAUGCAGAUGAACCUAUGCCAGUACCAGAGGACCUUUCAACUAGUACUGGAGGACAGCAGAACUCUAAGAAUGAGAGAGCCUUGGCCGGUAAUAUUAAAAUAGAGACUCAGAGUGAUGAAGAGAAUGGGCGUGCCUGUGAAAUGAAUGGGGAAGAAUGUGCGGAGGAUUUACGAAUGCUUGAUACCUCGGGAGAGAAAAUGAAUGGCUCACACAAUGGCCCAGGCAGCAAAGCUAUGUCAGGAGUUGGAGGCAUUCGACUUCCUAACGGAAAGCUAAAAUGUGAUAUCUGUGGGAUAAUUUGCAUCGGUCCCAAUGUGCUCAUGGUUCACAAACGAAGCCACACUGGGGAACGCCCUUUCCAGUGCAAUCAGUGCGGAGCCUCCUUUACACAGAAAGGCAACCUUCUUCGCCACAUAAAGUUGCACUCGGGUGAAAAGCCCUUCAAAUGUCACCUGUGUAACUAUGCCUGCCGUCGCAGGGAUGCCCUCACGGGCCACCUGAGGACUCACUCAGUUGGCAAACCCCAUAAAUGUGGAUACUGCGGUCGCAGCUAUAAGCAGCGCAGCUCUUUGGAAGAACAUAAAGAACGCUGUCAUAACUACCUGCAAACCAUGAGCAUCUCAAGCAGCCUUUAUUCAGUCAUAAAAGAGGAAACUAACCAGAGUGAAAUGGCUGAAGACCUGUGCAAGAUAGGGUCAGAAAGAUCCCUCGUGCUGGAUAGACUAGCAAGUAACGUCGCCAAACGUAAGAGCUCUAUGCCUCAGAAAUUUGUUGGUGAGAAAUGUCUCUCUGAUCUUCCAUAUGAUGCCACCACCAACUACGAGAAGGAGAACGAGAUAAUGCAGACGCACGUUAUAGACCAGGCCAUUAAUAAUGCCAUCAGUUACCUGGGGGCAGAGUCUCUGCGUCCCCUUGUCCAGACACCACCAGGUGGUUCGGAAGUGGUGCCCGUCAUCAGCUCCAUGUAUCAGCUCCACAAACCUCUCGGGGACAAUCAAACUCGCUCUAACCAUACAGCUCAGGACAGCGCGGUGGAAAACUUGUUGCUGCUUUCCAAAGCCAAAUCUGUCUCCUCUGAGCGGGAUGCCUCUCCCAGCAACAGCUGCCAAGACUCAACAGAUACAGAGAGCAAUAAUGAGGAACGCAGUGGUUUAAUUUACCUGACAAAUCACAUAGGUCCCCAUGCCAGAAAUGGCUUAUCUAUAAAAGAAGAAAACAGGCAAUAUGAUGUCUUGAGGGCAGGUACUGACAAUUCCCAGGAUGCUUUCAAAGUGAUCAGCAGCAACGGGGAACAAGUGAAAGUUUACAAGUGCGAACACUGUCGAGUCCUUUUCUUGGACCACGUGAUGUAUACGAUCCAUAUGGGCUGCCACGGGUUCCGCGACCCUUUUGAAUGCAACAUGUGCGGCUACCACAGCCAGGACAGGUAUGAAUUCUCUUCCCACAUAACCCGAGGGGAGCACCGUUUCCACAUGAGCUAAAACUCCUCCGGCGCAGAUCCAGCCUCAGCAGCUGCGUUACUGGAGCUGCACGAGCAACGGCAGCAACGAAGCACAAGUCUACCAGACAGUACAAGUAACAACAACGUGAAACAUUCAGGCGCCUUGUCCCAUAAGAAAAGAUUUUUCUUUUGGUAGCAUGCAUUGCAGCUCAGUUUUCUAAAAUGAGUAUUAAAGUUUCUAUUGAAAAUGUUUGGUCAACAAAAACCUUUAGUGAUGUAAGUAGGAGCUUUUGUAGUCACAUAGCUGAAAGCCCUUUCCUUUAACUGUUGCUUCCUGCAAACCUCCCUUGCCCAAACUGUUACCCACGCACAGAGCGCACAGCACAGAUGAGAGCAUGACAGGCAGGAGCGGCCUGGCUUUCGGUCUGAGCAUCCCGCGCAUAGGGCUCUUGCACCACAUGUAUAUUUUCUGACUUCUUCGUAUUAUUUGGCUCAUUUAGGAAGAUUAAACUCAACUAAAGAUGGAGAGCCCCAUGCUGGAUGACUUUGCAGAUUGCUGGGGUAGGACUGGAACCCAGCCAGAGGGUCCUGAGUUAUUUUGGCAGUAAAAAGUAGAACUUUUCCACGUGCAAGGGUGCUGCUUGUAUUGAUGUCAUGGCAUGCCUUAUUUGUAUCACAAGGCAGGAGAGCAGGUAUGUGAAGGAUAUAAGAAACACCUUUGUAAUACACUCUGUGAAGUAUGGGUUGCAUUUAAUGUAUAGAAGAGGGUUUUGUUGCCUCUUUUUUCUUUAAAUAAAUUUUUUCUCUCCCUAUCCAAUAAAACCCCUUUUUUCUUAAAAAAAAAAACAAAACCUCUUCUCGCUGCAUAAACAACAGUUAUGAUGUAUUUAAUUUUUUUAGGUUGUAGUCAUUUAGAAAAGUAUGAUGUACAGUCGGGGAAAGCACUAGCUACAAAUAUGUGCAGGGCUUGUCUCCUUAUACAUAUCUUUCAUCGUUUCAAACUGCCUGGAAAAUAUCCAGGUGUCCCUAUUUUACAUAUGAAAAAUUCCCAUUCUGCUUGCACAGAAAAAUUCCUCUCGCAGAUUUUGUCGCUCUGCCUGGAAGUGUCGCACCUAAUUACUCUUAAAUCACUGAGCUGAAUUAAACCCCCCAGUCAAAAUUUGCAGCUUUCUCUCCUUUCCUGGUACUUGCUAUUUAAUGAGGGAGCAAGCCUUGCAAAGGUGCUGAGCACCCUGGCCUCCUCGUCAGCCAGCAAAACAUUUUAGCAUGUGCUUUUAAGUUACAUUGACUUCAGCAGAUCUAAUCUUAAGGUUAAAUAUUCAGUAUUUUGCUGAAUAUAGAAGACCUGAAAAUGUAGCACUAUGCAGAGUCCAGUAAAAUCCACUGUGAGCCUUCUCUGUGGCGAGUUCUGCUGCAGAUAUUUUAACUGCGUUUAUAAUAAAAAACUUCUACAAAGAAUAGAUUUUUAACCUCAAACACAGAUGAUUAAAAAAGUUUCUUUUUUUUUAACUUCUUAACUUCCUCUUCCAAAUAGCUCAUUCCUCUCCCUAGACACCCUCCUAGUUUAAGAUUGGGCAACAAAGAAAUUUGUGCAGCUGCACAAACAUCUCUCAGCAGGGCUGGAAUAUUUCCUGGGCAACAUUUGUUAAAAAAAAAAAAAAAAAGCCAUCCAAUUAAAUUACUUAAUUUAUAAAUAUUGCCAUGCAAUUUAGUAAAUGGAUAUCAUCAAAUAAUCAAAAUCAUAGAGCUGCCAAGACCUGGAAUGUUGUAAUACAAUUGCACGGUCUCUGCUAAAAACACUUGCAAGCACAUAUAUAUUAUCUGGGACUUGAUGGACCCACGAACGCUUGUACUUCGGACGAUUUGAACUGAUGUGCGUAGUUAUAUUUAAUAUACAUUUGUAUGACAAAUACCCAGAGUUCCUCCUUCUGCUUUCACUUAUGCAGGUGUAAAUCAGGAGCAACGCUGAAGCUAGAGGAGAAAUACUGAAUUACAAAUACAUGCUUUUAGCGUUCCCUAGCUUUUCACACUAACUGUAGGCCUCUUGCCUUGGCUAACAAAGGCGCGCGGCGUUGUUGUCACACUGAAAGGAGAGGCAUACCUGCAUAGUUCCUCGCUUUGUCACCAGAUACGAAUGCUGCGUGUGAACUUUCACAGGCUGAGGCACGCACCUACAGCAGUGAAAAGAAAGUUGUUAGUACAUAUUAGGUAGCACAGUACAUACAAGCAGGCCAACACCAGGAAAAAAAAAAGGCCCAACACUAAGCCUUCCCCCUUCCCUCCUCCCCGAGUAUUAUAACUUAAUUACCCAAAGAGGCAUUACAGCUUGAUGCCUUCCAACCAAAGAUAUUAUGGAGGCUACGGCCACAAAGGAGGUGCAGGCUACUUUCAACUAAGGUUUUGUCAUCAUGGCUGUUACCGAUUCAGCUUCAAAAUAGACUGUACACAGCUAUGUGGAAUUAGCUUUUAAAUAUGUUGUAUAAGCAUGGCCUGCAGAAGACCUGCAAAGAAAGGGCUUUCAGUAAUAAGCGCUUUUUUUUUUUUAAGUUAAAGUUUAAAUUAUUUCAUUUUUCCUAGUUGGCAAGGAUAAAUUCAUCUGUUCUUGCCUCCUCUCACCUUUCAAAUGGGUCUGACCAAGAAGGGACUUGGUAAUUUCUUAGCUCCUCUUCAGUGACAUUUGAUGAGACUGUAGAGAAACAUGCUGUCGUGUUUUAUUACUGUCAUGCCACUUUUCUACUGCUCUUAGAAGUAGGCCGCUAUACAUGCCAUGCCAUGCCAUAAUUUUUUUACCCUUCAUUUUAACAUAGCCCAUAGCUACAAAAGGGGGAGAGCUUAUCUGGGGGGUUAUUUUUUCGUUUUUAACUAAAAUAAAAAACAAGUAAAGCCACAUUCAUUAUUCAUGUAAACAGGCAUAGCUCCAGUGGAGUUUAAAACCCUCUUGGACUUAACCUUUAAAUAUGGGUUUAAAAAAUAUUGAUAUUUUAAAUAUGAUUUCUCAUUAAUGGAUGGGUUCACUGCCUUGGCAUUUGUAUGCACGCAUGCACGUGUGUGUGUGAGGUUCUGUGUCACUUUUCUUGUUGACAUGCACAUGCCAGUAUCUGUGGUUGUGUGUACC